GCCUAGAGGUCUAGACAGUUAAAGUCUGCUGUGAAAAUUUAAAUUUACAUCUGCCAGGCUUGUGAGUCCAGCAUUCCUUACUUUUUUAAAGUCUUCGUUACACGGAAAACUUUUUUAUGGCGCAGUCGGACAAAGAAUGUGUUGUUGUGGACGACGAAAUCGAAAUUAAUUUGACGGAGGACCAGCUCAAAUACAUUCGCGAACGUAAACGUUUGGGAAGGCACAGCUGUGACCCUAACGUGACGAUUGCUGACCCAGAUUGCAACAAUACGGUCUUGAAAAAACGUCCUAGCGACGUAGAUGAUUCCACUGCCAGUGAAAUAUUCGACGAUUCUAGUCUAUCUUCGGGUGAGACAAAGGACGGAGACGAACGUGAGCCGCCUAAGAAUAUAUCGAUUGUUCUAACGAGCCCGACACUUAUUGAGCAUUCGCUAGGAGCCACCAAAGAGGAAAGUCAUUGUUCGAAAUCAAUAGCUGCUGAACAAAAAAACGAAGAGGAAGUGAUAAACAAGAGACUUAAUAAACGUGUGCAUAUUCUGGACAUAACAGCGAGUGAAGAUGAUGCGUUGUCUGUCGAAACUGGACCUGCAGAUCCGAACACUGCGUUUUUUGAUGUCUCUGACUCAAUGCAACUUAUCGACAGCCCAAGAAAAUCAACAAGCUCAAUUAUAAAUGGUGCUUCACCUACCCAUACGCGAUGUUUUGAAGCAACUGAAAAGCACAUAAGUGAUGACGGAAAUUUGCUUCUUCUGGAUAGUGGAGACCGUGAGGAGAAUUCAGACUUGAUCCCCGUCAUGAAAGACUUAGUAGACGAGAGACUAAAACUCCCAUCCCAUUUAGACCAACUAUCGUCAAACAUGGGUAGGGCUGUAUUGAGCGCUCAGCGAAAACAGCUGUUUCAAAAAAGCUUUCAGAAUUGCAACUACCUCGAUGUCGGGAAGCUCCGAUCUCCCAAUACAAAGAAAGUACAGAGCGUAUUGAGAAAUUAUAUUAAUACAAAAAGUCCCGGUACACAACGCGUUAUGAAAAAACCCCCUACCCCGACAGGAUCUGAGAUUACCGAACAGCAACACCAGCAUCAAUCUGACAAUUACUCUGUAACCCCGCCACAUUCGGGAAUCGGCCGAUCUCCUUGUGCCGUGGUAUACCAAAGUGCCAGGUUGUUUGGACGCCCUCUGGCAACACCCAGACUUCUUGCAUCGCCUGCGCCUCUGAUCACGAUCCAUCACCGAUCCAGUCCGUCCGCAGCUCGUCGAAACCUCAACGAGCCACAACUGCGAAUCAAUGAGUCGAUCUACGAAACCUUUGAGGCUAAGAUGACGCCCAGGAAAUAGUCGAGUAGUGAUCGUGUUGGAACGCACUUUUUGACACGAUUACAACUUAAAACCGAGUUCUCACUAUGGAACCGACUAAAAUUACUCUUUCAUAUUCCAUGUGUAAACUGACAGCACAAGCGUUGCUUAUAAGAUUUAGCUAAAGACAUAGAAUUGCUAUUUUUUCUACACGUUUGUGUUACAACCUGUUUUUUGAGCUUUUAACAAACUUCACGAAUGGCGCAAACUUACACAGAACACAUUUCUGUACAUUGAGGUGAUCUUCUGUUUAUGCAUGAAUGACAUGUUUUUACAUUACAUUAGCCUUUUCUUCAAGCUCUCCAAUUUAUGCUUUAACUUAGUGACAAUAAAUUUGCUUUGUCAAAGACGUUUGACCAUGUUUUGUGAUAAACAUGAAAAGUCGUCCUAAUUUACAGCCCUACCGUAUGCUGUAACAGCGAAACAUUGAUUACUUUUUAGUGAAUAUCAAAAGGCUACAACCCAAGUUUAUGUUAGCAAUAAAAUAACUUGUCGUUCUGCUAACAGCGGAUUCUUUUAUUACCUUACCACACUUUGUAGUAAUAAUAAUACGAUGAUUAUAAGAUACAGUGAAGGUUCGGAUCAAUUUGGUAUGAGGUUGUUUGCCUAGAUUUUUACAACGAGUGGAUUAUUUACGUUCUUCUGGUAAAUAAUUGUCUGGCCAACGUGGACUGAAAUUUAAGUUGGUAAAAAGACUUACAUUUUAUAUUUUUCGUACUGUAAGCAUCUGAAUUAUCUUUUAAACGUAUAAAAAAGCAAAAGCUAGAGAGCGCCCCAUUUGUUGUACAGGCAGCUUGUAUCAUCAAAAAUAAUAAUAUAUUAAUAAAAACAUAUAUUUUUAUAUUUACUGUAAGUAUGUACGGAAAUUCUGAAUACGACGUUUGUGAAGAAUAGUUGGAGUAAAAAUGUUUUCUAAUACCUUUAUAAGCAUAGUUCUGAGCGUCUACAUAUUAAUGUAUGAUACAAUUCUGCGUUGUUCCAAAUGGUCAGGUAGUUUCUUAGAGAAACUGACAUUAAAAACUUGCCAUACUGAUUUAGUUUGGUCGAAAGUAUUUUUUCAAAUGCUCGUAUCUUUUACGACUCUUAGAGAAACCAUCUUUGAUUAGCUAUUUAUCGCAUAUUGCUGCAUUUCUUUACGGAUAGUCAGAUUCACUAGAAAGGUUUUUAAACCAUGAUGUGUGCAAUAUGCGGAUAUGACAUUCCACAAAUAGAAGUACGAGUACAUGCAGAUGAAUACACCAGAAACUACUAAAGCCUUUAUGGUUUAUAGAAAGUUUAUGUAACUCAUUUAUUUAAUUACCAUAUAAUCGCGCAAUGUAUAGGCACUCAUGGUAGUAUAUCUACACCGCUCGAUUGCUUAAAUAUAUACAGUGGUGUACAUAUGGUCUA